AUAAACUCUCAGCAUCCGGCAUCCGGUCGAUCCGAUCUUGUUGUGUUGUCUUGUCACAAUCAGUUUAGGACACAGAAUUCUACACUAAGUACUAAGUGUAGAAUUCUGUGGUUUAGGAUAGAUCUGGAGAUCGACCUGGGAACUCGAACGCUGCCGUUCUGUUGGUUUACGCUGAACUUAUAAGCCAUAGACUAAGAACAAGAUGAGCAGCGACAAUAGGUUCUUUCGAGCCUUUCAAGGAAAAUGGAAAACAUUUCGACUUCUAUCAAAGAAAGACAGCAAAGUCAGCAGAUAUUCGACCACAGGUCGUACCACUUGUGAUGAAACAGUCGAAAUUCAAACUAGUCGUUCUGACACCAGCACUCCAGUAGUGCAACUUGAUGCUGGCAGUUGUGAGGAAGUAGACCCUGUUCCGUCUGGUCACUUGGGAGGACAGCAUCUGAUUCAAAGUAUCUGUGAAACAGAUCCUGUUCUGACAGUAGCUUCAGAUGGAGAAUGGGCCAGACUGCGGGGAUAUGUGCGUAACUCUGAACAUGGAGGUUCCAGUGUUGACCCUGACAAGACAGAAGAGAACCUUUAUGCUUUUGCCAGAGAAGCAGGAGGUCCAUAUGAAACCGAAUUGUGGAAUGGAAAUGAGGCUGAUCUUAACAAGCACAAAAUUAAUUGUAGGAAAAAUCCAGGCCACAAAAAAUUCAUUCCUGCACCUCUGUUUGGGCUGAAACAUCUUCCUCAAAGUCAUCAGGAGCAAAAAUUUUUGGACAUGAUCAAACUCAUCGCCAAGUUUACAGUCCGGGUGCGGGUGAAGGGCACAAGCUCAGAUCGCCCCGAAGGUUACCCGUUCGCUAAACUCGGGGGGACCAAGAUGUCCAGGGUUGCCAGUGGGUACGUUUACGACUCAAGUCCUGCUCAUUCUGUGCAGGAACAAAUUUGCAAAAUUAAGAAUUGCCCACAUGGACAACCCGGUUCCCACAAAGUGUACGGCCACGUGAAUGUCAUAACGGCUCGCCACGUGAUCUACGACCUGGAGGAAGCAAAGAACAGUGAAAUGGACUUGUUUUAUGAUGAUGAUGAAGACAAAUCCUCUAUUGUUACUCUGAGAUGUAUUGAUCUCCACUAUUCCAGCCUGAAGAAAGAUUGUGCUAUUGUUUCGUGUGUAGCUCAUGACAAAGAGGUGUUCAAAGUGUUGGAGGACAACAGAAAACAGAUUGAUUCGCUGUGGGCAGUCAUGCGAAGCCCGAAGUGGAUCGAGGAUAUAUUUGUCAUCGUGUCCCACCCCCAUGGAACUUCCAAGCAAAUUUCAAUAGGAACUGGUCACCGCACGUUUCUUGAAAAAGCUUUGAGACUUUUUUGGACCUAUCGCGUGAAUGGACUACACUGCGGGGUUCAAGAAGGAAAAAGUGAGCCAAGAGUUGUAUAUUCCUACACUGCCGCUACAUGCCCGGGCAGCUCGGGUGCUCCUGUAUGGUUCCUGAGACAUUGUUUGUUUGCAGAUACCUAUUUUGUGCUUCCAUAUGCUGCUGCUCACAGCAGGCACAUCAAAGGUGAGGUUAAUCAAAGCGGAAGGGAGUACGGUCUGUGAAGUUACAGUGGAUAGUUGCACAAGACAGCCGCCAAUUGUGGAAUCAAAAAGGGAUCUGUCUUAGACAGGUGGACAUCAUUGACAAUGUCAUUAUAAUGUUAUAUGAAAUGCAAAAGGGAAUAUGGAAGUGGUCGUUUGUUCAGGUGUUUGUUUUGGACAAAUGAGCCUUAGAGCAGAUUUAACUGUAUGUAUGUUUUGCUGCUUACCGCAUGCUGUCUUGAGGUUUGCCUCUUUUUUCUAAUUCAAACAUCUGUCAUCCUUAUAUCUCUUCUCCUUCUUUUCUUUGUAUGUUACCCUCUAAUCUUAUGCACUCAUAUGACCUUUUUAUGUUGUUGCAAGUGUUGCAAAUCACAUCUUUUUACUGAGACAUGUUGUUAGUUUUCUAACUGUUUUGAUAAAUUAAUGUUUGUGGAACUUUAGAGAGAGAGGGAAUGGGAAAAGAAAGAGAGAAAGAGAGCGAGAGAGAGAGAGAGAGAGAGAGAAAGAGGGACAGAGAGGAGAGAGUGAAAGGAUUGCUGAUGGAGCUGUCUUUGUUUUAAUGUGGAUGGAAUAUUGUCCUUAUGAUUAUAUGUGAAUCAAUUUUGUACAAGUCAUUUCCAUGUUCUGUUUACAAAAUCGCAAGCAAUUUCAGAUUAUUUUCAGAUUUAUAAUGCAUUUACCUGGAGCUGUUUGCUUUUCAGUUUGUACUUAAUUGGAAAAACCAGUAUUGUUUGUUACAUUGCGGCUUUAUUAGCCACAUGCUUUACCAUCUCACUUCCAUCGUUUGGAAUAAUCCCUGGCAGAAAUUACCAGCACUCUAGAACAAAAUUGUUAAACAACACAACACAGACACUAUCAUAUAUUGUGACAGACAGUAUAACAUUUUUAGUAGUAGAAUAAAAA